AUGUCGUCGACUGGAGCCGCCGAUCUCGUCGCUGCUGCCGCCGCCUCCGCCUCUCGGGCGGACCCCAUGGUGGACGACGCCGAGGUGCUCGACUGGGUGCCUCCUUCCGCCAAGGCAGCUUCGGCAGUGGGAGCUGGGGCGUCCAACCCAGGUUCGGGCGACGAGGAGGAAGAGAUCGUCGCCGGUUUUGCUUCGCCCACGCCGGGCAUUCACUUCGCCACAGGCGGCCUCGACAUGGGCGUCCAGACCGAGGCGCACGUGUUCAUUUCGAAUUUCGCGGCUGGAGCGACCGAUGCUGAGCUCGCCGCCGCAGUUGGGGCUUUGUCUUCGUGCGACCUCGCCCGCCUCAUGGCCGCUUGCACGGCCGCCCAGCCGGCUGCUGGGCCAGCCACGCCGGCCAUCACGUCGCCAUCGUCUUCGUCCGGGAUUUUGCCACCAGCGAUGCCGACGUUGUCGCCUACGCCAUCGCCCUUGCCGCCCCCUUCGGCGACUUCCCCGCCGGGCGCAGGGCCCGCGGAGGCUUGGCUCGCCCCGCCUGGGGCUCAGUCGUCGGUGGUGCCCGGCCCGUCUGCCGCGGAGGCCCGGCAGUACUGGACCGACCAGGAGGCGAUGCACCAGGUCGCGGAGCCUGCGGCGGCUGCCAACAUCGCCGUGCCGGAUGAUGACGACGCCGACCUGGAGGGUGAGUCUGGGCUGGACGCCUACCUCGCCGGCCUAUCGGGCGCUGUGCCCAAGGCCCCGCCAGACACGACUGUGCCUUUGCCGUUUGAGGCGUUGUGCCCUGCGGGCGCCUAUACGUGCGGCCCAAGCGGGGGCUGGCACCUCCGCCUCCCCCGCCGCCUUCUUCGUCGGCUACCACCUCUACUGCGUCGGUGGGCGAGAAGACCGUGCCGGUGGUCGCCAAGCCGGUGA